UUAUCUUUCGGAAUUACAGUAAUAGUUUCCUGUUGGUAAGGCCAGAGGCACACAAGCUAAAACAAGUUGAAUAUCGAGCGGUAAAUUAUAGAUGGAAUGUCAGAAUACGACAAUACUAUGAGGAAAGACAUAACGACAACAUGUAUAAUUUCCCAAACGAAGCUAGUCGACCGGUCCCUGUUGCUUCGCCGAGCAGUGCAAGAAGCAAAUUGAAGAAAGAAAGCGGUUACCAUGUAGAAAGUUGGUCUUCUUCGCCUUUGACUAGAGAGACGCUCAAGCGAAAUGCGGAAGAAGGCAAGAGAGAGGAGCAAUACGUUGCGUGGGUGAAUUCACAGCUUAAGAAAAGACCUGGCAGCCGUUUUGUUCGCGAGAUCCCACGGGACACGAGAGAUGGUGUAGCUUUGGUUCAGCUUGUGGAAGUGUUGGCUGGUGAAGCUCUGAAGUUUGAUGACUCUCCAACAAUGUAUGCAGCUAAGAAAGAGAAUGUGGACCAGGUCUUACAUUUUAUGGCCUCCCAAAGAAUUAAAAUGAGACAGAUCUCAUCAAAAGAAAUUGUGGAUGGGAAUGUAAAAGCAACAAUGCGACUUGUACUUGCUCUGGCAGCCCACUUCAAACCUGGAAGUGUGAAGCCGACUUCACAUCAGAGUGGUUCACCUUCACAAACCAAGCUCACUCGCAGUCCAUCUGCUGCAGCAGCUGCGGCUGAGGCUGCAGCCGCCAUUGGUGAAGCUAGCAGGAAGGCGGCAAGUGCUGGUCGUCAAAUACACAUGCCAUUCAGGCUCAGAAAAACUCCAAAGAACUUGCCUGUAAUACCAAAGAUGGAGCGGCCUCCUUUUGAUGCCAGUCCAGGGAGCAGCCCUUUACUUUCUGCUUCACCCCUUAAUACACCAUUAAACAGAACUCCUAUUCGCAAGAUCAGUAGGCCAUCAAGUGCAGAAUCUAGACCUGAUAAAGACAAUGGGUCAGAUGGCUCCAAUGUUAGCAGUGCUGCUACCACACCCAGACUACAACAUAGAGACCUGGCAGCACUUCAUUCCAUGUCUGAUUCUGAGUCCAUUUUAUCCAAGGAUGUGGCCAGAAAUAGCCAUUCCAGUACCUUUCCAAAUUUUGAGUUUCUGCAGGAAGUAACUGAAGGAUUGGAGAAUAUGGAAGAUGAAACAAACAGCGUAAAGGAAACACUGUUGCAUUUACAGAACUUGUUGCUGGAAGGCAGAAUGGAAGAGGAUGAGAUUCCUGAAGAGUACUGUGGCCUUGAAGGUUCAACAGUCCAAGAACAGCUGACGAUUGUGAGCAGUCGACUUGAUCAAAGAGAGGCUGAGUAUGAUGUCCUGAAAACAGAACUUAACAAGACAAAAGAAGAGUGUAUUAACUUACAAGGUAUUAAGUCAGGAUUGCAGUCAAGACUCAACCAACAGGAACAAACCAUAAUGCAGCUACAGUCAGAGUCAUUAAAGCAUGAAUUAGCACAGCAACAACAUGGGUCAGAAGUAGCACAGUUACAAUGGCAACUCGCUGAGCGGGACAAGGAGGUGUCUGCCCUCAGGAAUGAACUGGUAAGAAGAGAGAAAACUGUAGAUAAACAGAGGAUGGAACUUGAGGAUGCUAUGAGGCACAUAGAAGAACUUCAAUAUGCACAGGCAGGGACAAGAAGAAAAGCAGAUGAUCAUUUUAUAAUUGAAUUACAACAGAGGAUCAGAGACCUACAGGAGAAGCUUGAUUCUGUUGGUGUGCAUGAGACCACCUUGUCAGCCCGAAUUGCCACGCAGGAUGAAAAGAUGGCAUCACUAGAGAACAAGAUUUUGAAUCCUCGUGAGGCAGUUGCUUCUCAUGGACUGAAAAGAUCAGAAGAAUUGGAGGUGGUGCGCGAAGCUAUUGAAAGUCUACGAAGCUGUUUUAGACCACAUGACCCACACCACCACACCCUUGAUACAUUAGAACAGAGAGUAAUUGCUGUUCAUUCUUCAGACCAACAGUCACACCCUUUUAAUUCUGAUACUGAAAAUGCAAAUAUCAACUCCAAGGGGGUGAAUGGAUUUGAACAUAGUAAUGGAUACAAUGGCAAAUCACUAUUACAUCACAGGCAGUUAGAGAGUAUUGCGAGGGAAGCUUCAGGAAUCAGCACCAAAGUAUUAUAUUUCACAGAGAAAACUGUCACUCCAUUCCUUACAUCAAUACCGAGAAGACUUGGAGAAAUAACUUUGGGAGACUUCAAGGAAGCAAUUGACAGACCUGGAAUGUUUCGUUAUCACUUCAAAGCUUUAGAUCCUGAGUUUGGAACAGUUAAAGAAGAGGUGAUAGAUGAUGGAGACAUAGUACCAGGUUGGGAAGGAAAAAUUGUGGCUUGGGUAGAGGAUGAUACAGGACAAAAAGCUCUUUCUGGCUACCAAGACCAAAUGACGUGACAAAAUGAUGCAUUGAAGAAGACUAGAUUAACUGUUAUUAAUAAUAUUGUGUAUAUCAAUUUCAAAUAUGACUAGGACUUACAGAUGAGUUCCUGAAACAGUGUACUAUAAAAUGGAUCCUUUAACUGUAGCUUUGUUUUGCUCUCAGUGCUAUUUGCUUAUUAAGGAUUAGUUGCUACUUGAUAAAGUGAGCCCUGAAGAUGGAUCUUUAUCUGCAUGAGCUCUGCCAUAGAGGUUAAAACUGAACCCCUUCUCUUAUUUAAGAAGUCAUUAUUUGGCCUUUUUUCUGAUAGUCAUAUUUGGAGGCCUUUUUGGUGAACUGGUGAAUGUGGAGAUCCCAGAAGGAAGGAAACUGUGCCCACUUCUUGCAUCAGACAAUCUAAAUGUUUAUGGCUUGGAUUCUUGGAAUUGUUAUUAGUGGUUGUCCAUAAAGGCAGAUAUUUUGUCUAAACAAAAUACUAUGACUAUAAAAUAAUUAUUGAAUUGCCGAUAGUAUGGGUAAAAAGCUUAGUAUAGACCACUUUCAUAAAUGGCUACUGGAUUAAUAUUCUUUUGUUUAAAUUUAAGUUAGCCCUUCUGGCCUCGC